CCUGAGAUUUACCUUCACCUAAGUCGCCUCUUUUUUUUUGGCGCCAUGCCAUCUUCUUCAAUCCAUGCACCUCCCUAUUCCAGUACCGACAACAUCUCUCCGACUUCUUCUUCAUCCACCCGUCCCCUGCGUGCCUCGCCUCUGAUAUAUGACAUUGACAGCGCAGACGAUGCAUAUGAACUGCACUCAAUAGCGCCUGAUGAUGGUGCAACAACGCAUGAUGUUACUGGACUACGCGCUCGCGCUGGAGAAGAUGCCGGUCUGCUACCUAGUCCGAGGCGCUUUUCAAUGAGUUCUGCGCACAGCGAUGUGUUAUAUAGCGCAAAAGAAGAAAAGAAAGUUUUGAAAAAGUUGGACAGACGGUUGGUGCUUUUCAUGGCUCUGCUUUAUUGUUUGAGCUUUUUGGAUCGAUCGAACAUUGGCAAUGCUAGAAUCGCAGGCUUAUCCAAAGAUCUUAACCUCACCUCGAGCCAGUACGAGUGGCUUCUGUGGGCAUUUUACAUAACGUAUAUCGCAUUUGAAUGGAUGGCUCUGAUGUAUCGAAUUUUCCCUCCUCAUAUAUACAUCUCCAUAUGUAUCCUGUCGUGGGGUAUCAUAGCAUCACUGCAGGCUAUUGCCACUCGCUUCGAAUACCUCUUGAUUCUUCGUGCGUUGCUGGGUAUCGGAGAAGCAGCAUUUGGACCAGGUGUGCCCUUCUACUUAUCGUUUUUCUUCCGUCGCGAUGAGCUGGCCUUCAGGACAGGACUGUUCAUCUCUGCCAGCCCACUUUCGUCGUCUUUCGCGGGCAUGUUGGCCUGGUUGAUCACCAAAGUUGGACAAGGUGGUCCGAUCAGCCCUUGGAGACUGUUGUUUUUGAUCGAGGGGUUUCCGAGUGUUCUGAUAGCUGUCUGGGCGUGGGACUUCGUACCGGAUUCGCCUAGCACUGCUAAGUGGCUCAGCCGAAGAGAGCAGAAAGUUGCUGGAUUGAGACUACGACAAGAGAGACAAUCGAAAGAGGGAAGCAGUUCUGCUGAAAAGUACCUUGCUACAUCAGGACAGAAAAAGGGCGUGAACUUUGGGGAAGUUCUGCAAGCACUCAAAGACCCAAAGUCUUACCUCACUGCAUUCAUGUUUUUCAGUUGUAAUGUAGCUUUCAGCAGUAUGCCUGUCUUCCUCCCGACCAUCAUCCGAGACAUGGGUCAUGUGUCACUCACGGCUCAGGCAUUAUGCGCUCCUCCCUACUUCUUCUCGUUUAUCGUGGUACUCCUCACUGCAUAUUAUUCCGACCGCUUACAGUCUCGCUCUACUUUCAUCAUACUUCACUCCAUUCUCGCAACGCUAGGAUACACUACUAUAGCUCUAUGCGGCUAUUACCAAUUCCCAAGCAUCUGGCUCCGCUAUUUUGCUCUGUUUCCCGCUGCAGCGGGCUUCUUCUCUGCCGUCACUAUCAUCAUCACAUGGACUAUCAACAAUCAAGAUAGUGACAGCAAAAAAGGAACUGGAGUCGCCAUGAUGAAUAUCAUUGGACAGAUGGGACCGCUGGUCGGGACUAGCAUUUUCCCUGAGGAAGAUGGCCCAUGGUACGUCAAGGGUAUGUCAGUUUGUGCGUCGUUUAUGCUGCUGGCCGGUAUACUGGCAGCCGUUUUGCGUGUUGUAAUUUUGAGGGAGAAUCGCGUGAAGGAGCGGGAGAGACGUAAGGAGUUUAUAGGGAUUCCGUUAGAAGAUGGGAUUGUGGCCAGGGAGGAGCGGAGGGCUUUCAAGCUCAUGGUAUAACUUCCGAGAAUGGAAAUUCGGGCAAUAAUUACACAUCACUCACAGAUGAUGCUUCUUGAUUGACUGAUAGUAAAUAUCCAAGAUAGACAUAAGGUAUCCAGACAUGAAUAGAGCAAAUCCGGAGGAGUGUGUUAGUUUCGUGCUGCCAAUAGCGCAGACACUAUAUCCAAUAGCACCAAGGUUCCACAAGCAUGGCAAGUUAUCCACACCGUAAAGUUCUGGCAAGUAGGACGAGUGAUAGGCGGUCAGAAAGAAAAACGUUAGAUCCUCGAUGCCCCACCAGGUGAAAGAUAGGUCCUCGGUUGGUAGUUCACAUCUCCUAAGCCCCAA